GUAGAGGGCUGUUCGAGAGCAUGCGCACAGCCGCAGCGAGAGAACCCUAUUCCUCCUGUCACAACAUUGAGGGGCAAAACGACAGCCGUGUUGCUAGGCCUCGAAUAGAUCUGCUCAAGACAUAGAAUGUGAUUGGAAUGGAUACUGGGAGACUGAGUCCCUGAUUGGCCGAAGGACUGGGCAGGAGGAAAUACCAAACGAAUUGAUCCUGUCUCGAAUGAUGCAGGCAGAGGAUAGGAAGAAAAUAAAACUGAGUGUGAGUUCCAGCAAAGGCGUGGUGGAGGAAUAUUGUCUAAGAGAGCGACCGAAAGAGGACGCAGCAAAAAUGAAGAACAAAGUGACCAGCACACAAGCAGUGAUUGGUAAGAAGAAGGCCUGGUCGUGGGAUCAGUACCUGGGAGAGGAGAAAGCCAUAGCAGUUCCCCUAAGACUGUUCACUGAGGCCCAGUCGUUCCCCCCGAGCAGAAAUGGCUUCAAGGCUGGGAUGAGGCUGGAGGGGAUUGACCCUCUCCACCCCUCCAUGUUCUGCGUCCUGUCUGUGGCAGAGGUGAUUGGCUACCGAUUGCGGCUCCACAUCGACGGCUACUCUGAAUGCUAUGACUUCUGGUUAAACGCCGACUCUGCCGACAUCAGGCCAGCCGGAUGGUGCGAGUCGACAGGACACAAGCUCCACCCACCAAAAGGCUACAACGAAGUCGAGUUUAACUGGGAUAAAUACCAGGAGUCUUGCAAUGCUCCAGCUGCACCACAGCAUCUGUUUAAAUCCCAUAACAGUACCACGAGCACCUCUAAGUUUCAGGUGGGCAUGAAACUGGAGGCAGUGGACAGGAAGAACCCGUGCCUGGUGUGUGUGGCCUCGGUGGCCGACAUCGUGGACAAUCGCUUCCUGGUUCACUUCGACAACUGGGACGACACCUACGACUACUGGUGUGAUGCCAGCAGCCCUCACAUCCACCCAGUGGGCUGGUGCCAGGACCACGGACGACCUCUCACUGCGCCUCAGGGACACCCCAAUCCAGAACAUUUCCUGUGGGAGGAGUACUUAGAAGACAAUGGUUCCACGGCGGUUCCAAGCCAGGCUUUCUGUAUGAGAGCUCCUCACAGUUUCCCGGUGAACAUGAAACUGGAGGCGGUGGACAGGAGGAACCCCAUGCUGGUCCGUGUGGCCACCGUCUCAGACACUGAAGACUACAGGGUCAAGAUCCGUUUCGAUGGCUGGCACGAGAAGUUUGACUUCUGGGUGGACUCUGACCUGCCGGACCUUCACCCUGUGGGCUGGUGUGCCCGGACGGGUCACCCCCUGGAACCCCCCCUCUCACACGCAGGAUCUUCUGACCUUAAGAGCUCGGUGACCCAGGGAGUGUGUCCCACCCCGGGCUGCAGGGGCGUGGGCCACAUCAAAGGGGCCAAAUACACAGGACACCACAGUGCCUUCGGCUGUCCCUACUCUGACAUCAACAUGAAGAAGGAGGCCGUGCUGCCCGACCGUCUGGGCGGCGAGAAGCAGAUCACCUUUGUCCCUGUGCACUUUGUCCAGAAGACCAAGAGGCUGUGCACCGCCGAUGACCAGGAGGAAGCCACGCCACCCCAGGAUGUUCCCAUGGAGACCAGGGCAAUGCUGUCGGGGUAUGAGGGGGCUGCUCGUCUCAGAGGUCGCCCCCCAGCCAACCCCCUGGUGAAGAGCGAGCCCAGGGAGGAACCAGCCACGGCUCAGGGACAGAAACUGCUUUCUCUGGGGAAGAGAGGCCGGCUACCCAGCAGACUCACAACUAAGUAUCUGCGAGUCAAAGAAGAGGACGAAGAGAUUGACUUCAACAGCAUGAUCGAAGAGAGCAGUCUGGACAGCCUGCAGCAGGCCCUCCACCAGUCUGUGUUCCUGUCGGCCAUGUCGGCUCAACCCGGACGGGACCUACCCCUGUGCUGGGAGCAGCACUGCAAGCUGCUGCCUGGGGUGGCCGGAUUACAGGCCAGCUGCGUGGCCCACUGGACCGUGGAUGAGGUGGCUGACUUCAUCCACUCUCUCCCCGGCUGCGAUGAACAAGCCAAUCAGUUCAAAGAGGAGCAAAUCGACGGGAAGGCCUUGUUGCUGCUGACCCAGCGCGACAUCGUCAAGAUCAUGAGUGUAAAACUCGGCCCUGCCCUCAAGAUCUACAACUCUAUCUUGAUGUUCAAGCACGCUGAGGACAACCAAUCGGCAGCCGGCAACGCCAACACAUGAAGCAUUGGAAGCCACACCCACCAGACCCUUCUUAUGUGUCUGUCAAACACAUAGAUUUACUGUGUCGAUUCAUUCCAAACCCAACCCCCUUACCCCUGCUCCUUCUCUUUGGCCUACAGGCACUUGAGUUCAAGGACUUAAGCUAAAGUCGAUACAUGAUCUGUCCAGACCUAUGGACUUUCAGGUUACUGUGUGUGUGUGUGUGUGUGUGUGUGUGUGUGUGUGUGUGUGUGUGUGUGUGUGUGUGUGUGUGUGUGUGUGUGUGUGUGUGUGUGUGUGUGUGUGUGUGUCUCCCUUGGACACAGCCUCUAAAUCUGCCUUUAAAUCUCAAACGUAGGUGUCAUGAAGGUAAACUCAACAAAACCCGCAUUUCCAGGUAUACAGCACAGUUUUCUAUGUCUUUUACGCUGUAACUUCUCCCUUCUUUACUUUCCCUUAAAGAUGUGACAAUCACCACCAACAGUAUAAAGCCAUGACAAACCUGUGCUUUUUCUGGGUCAUCAUGGUGCUACGUGUAUUCCGAAUACAAACAGUCUACAUCACAGUUGACCUCUGUUACCAGUUUACGAUCUCUGUCUACCGACUCAAACUGAGAUGCAUACUGUUAAUUUGUCGGCCAUUUUGUUUCUGUUUUGUAUGAAUGUUAAUUAUGAUAUGUUACAGUACUUAUAUGGACUCACCUAUAUUUAUUGUGAAAAAUAUCUAGGUGUUUGCAUAGUUGAAGGAAAUUAAUAUAUUAUAUAUGAGCAAAUUGUUUUUGAAAAUGCCAAAAGGGUUUUUGUUUAAAUUUUAAAUUCAGAAUUUAUUUAAUUUGAUUAUUUUAUUUGCACAUUAGAAGAAUGAAAAAUAACUUACGUUUAAGGACAAUGUAAAACCAUGGGAUAGUUUUGAGCUGAAGAUAAUCUAAAUAAGUAUAAUUUCUGUUAUUAUAAUGUUUUAUUAGUUGAGAUAUCUUCGACUUACUUUUUGUGGAAACUGCAACUCUAGAGUCAGUUAACAUGUAUGUUUGUCUUUAUUAACCUUUUGCUCCAUUCGGGUAGACCAGGACCAAUAUUGUCUUUUUAGUGUUUACCAUUGGGGGUAAGUUUUCUCAGUCACAAUAGGUUGAAGGUGUUUUCUUAUUAUCGAAGAACAGCAUACUUGCUCUUCUGCACAAUUAAGAGUUUAAUCUUAUAUUUUGCUAUAACUUGGAAUUUAAGCUAUAUGUUGAAACAAAUGCUCUAUCAUUUGCUCUCUAGUCUUCAUAUACAUGUUGCUACUAAAAUGCAACCAAACUCCAUUGAAACUUCAGGAAUAUGAAGAAACUUUUCACUGUACUUUCUGCUUUUUUUUCCUAUAGGGACUUUCUCUCUAUCCCAAAAUGUUGAGCAUACAGAAACGUAUAUUUUAUUCUGAUGCUGCUUGUCUUUCUUACUGCUGUAACGUGCAAGACUGCUGUUUUAGUGCAUGGAAAAUACCGCUACAUUUUGGUACAACCUCCAAUAUGGAGGUAGAUACCCACCAAAACAUAUUUAGGAGACUCACAAUCUAUUUUGGGUGAUAUCUACCUUCAUAUAAUGCUCCCUUAUCUAUGAAAAUGACAACUAAUUUAACCGUGAAUAUGGGCUGUACAUGUUUGUAUACCCCGUUUCUUACACUGAAUUAACACUUUGUACAACUCGAUGGAUUCAAAUUACAUGAUUUCACAACCCAAAUAAACAGUGCAAAGGC